UCAACUCAUUGAACUCAACUCAUUCAUAAAAUAGAAAUACAGCCUGUUAUUGUGGAAUGUGCACUGUGCAAGAUUUGAGUUUGGAAUACAUUAAAUUAUUCAUUAACGCAUAUUUAAUUCCAAUGAUAAAUUACAUUUAAAACUGAUUAAAUAAUUGAAGUUCAUUUGACAAGGUGAUCUCUGAAAGGUACUCACAUACAUUCUCACUACGACCCGACCGGUAAAUAGGUACAAUGCUGUACCCAUUUUCAUAGAAAAGGAGCAAAAUUUUAUAGACAAAGCGAUCAAGUAUAAACUCCAAGAACUUUAAUGAAGAUCACAAAAUGGACGGCACGUACGACGAAAUCAUCUCCGAUAAUCCGUUUUUCGUUGAACUGAAGAACGAAUACGCAAACUUGUUUCAGCAUUGUAUAACACAGUCAUGGAUUAUUUGUGUGCCCAGAAUAGGAAGUUUAAACACUCGUGUCUUCACAGUAGAAGACUUCUGUGCUCAUAUUUUGGUUCCAAGUGAGGAACUACCUGAGACACACUAUACUACCUUAAAAGAGAAACAAGUGACUGUAACCAACAAGGUCAUUACCUUAGAAGUGACCAAAGCUCUUCCAUUACAGAGCCACAUAUUGUUUGAAGAAACAUUCUACACAGAAGACUUCUUUAAAUACAAGGUUUGGUGUAUAGAGAGCCCACUAGAACCUACUACAGCUAGUGAUGAUAAUGCAAUUGCUAAAGAAUAUUUAACAUCUAUAAAUAACUGCAUUGAUUUACUGUGGACUCAAGCCGCUGGACGGCAAGUUUUAGACCAAAUAGAACAAAAUGUACAGCUGUUCAUAAAGAAACAUCCUACUUUGCCUGUAGCCAUUGCACCUCUUCGAGAUUUGGUCAGUGAACUAUACACGCAGUGCCUUCAAAUUGUGCUACAAAAUCGUAGAAUUAGAGAAAAAUCAAAGUCAUGUAAGCAGAUAUUAGAAAAUGUCAAGCUUGCUGUUGAAUGCUACAUGCAACAUUUGUUAUUCAAUCAUUUAUUCAAACCUAUUUGUACAAGUUGCGCUUAUGAAGACUCUCAUCUUAACAAGAAAAUAAGAAAUAUGAGUGAUAUACAACUCAGAGAUUUAGAUAUUAAAAAAGACUUGUACCAUGCUGUGCCAAAAGCUAAACAGAUUCUUUCAAAAAUUGACUCUUAUAAUACUGUGUUGGAAAAGAUUUUGUGUGUUAAACAAGCACUCAAUGCUAUCAACAAGAAAGAUAGUAGGAACAAUGUUGUACUGCUGACUGCUGAUGACAUGUUACCAGUUUUUGUUUUUCUUGUUAUAAAAUCAGGCUUGCCAAACUGGUAUAGUCAGCUAAUGUACAUGAAAGAGUUCCGGUUUAGUGGCAUUGGCAGAGGUGAUGGUGAUGAGGGUGCCUUUCUUAUAACCACUUUAGAAGCUGUCAUAGAGCACAUUCAGUCGGGAGCCCUAGGAGGCCCACCCGAUCCUGAAGCCUAUUAUUAUGAGAGCAAUUUAACAGAGGAUAACUUAAAGGAUGGGAAGCCUAGAAGAGGAAGCUUAACAGAAUCAAUUUCAACAUCAGAUACUAAUGGGGGUGAUGAAACAUUAGAAUACAUAUUUGAACUCAUCAAAAUAAAUCAUCCUGAUCAAAUAAGAGUGAUAUUGGAAAGGAAUGAGAAAAAUCUACAGAAGCUGCAAAGAAAUGAGAACAGUGUUUUUAACAAAAUGUUAGAGAAUGAAGUUAGCAGUGAUGAAGAUAGUGAAGUUGAUAAUGAUGUUGAUGAAUCACAAGUGUAUCAAAAACUUUGUCAUCCCUUAUGCAGUUGCAAAAAGUGUUGCCGUAAAUUAUCUAAACGGUUGUUGAAAUCUUCACCCACUGUUACAUCUAGAGACAGUCAUGGCCUGACCCCUUUACAUGUAGCCUGCAUUCAUGGAAAAGCAGCAGUCGUUGAGCUGCUGAUUGAAAUGAACUCGGAAGCAAAUGCUACAGAUCUUAAUGAAUGUACACCACUUCACUAUGCUGCAUCUCGAGGGCAUCAAAAUGCUUUGCUGUUACUGGUUCACUCAGGUGCCAAUGUUAAUCAAGCUAACAUAGACAAGAAUACGCCACUGCAUUUAGCUGUUAACAAUGGCCAUUUAAACUGUGUGAAAGCUUUAAUAUACUUUUCAGAACACAGCAGGAAGAAAAUUAACAUAAACUGUGCUAGUCAGAAUGGCAACACACCUUUGCAUCUUGCAUCAAAGUGGGGUUACGAAGGAAUAGCUAAACUUCUCAUAGAGAAUGGUGCUGAACCAUCCCUGCAAAAUCGCUAUAACAAAACAGCCUAUGAUUAUGCACAUAACCUGAGAAUACUUAAAGUUUUAAAAACUUGUACUCCUAACCUGUAUGAAUACAUACAUAUUAGCAGCCCCAACAUAAAACCACUGGAAUGUAAGCCUGACGGUGAUGUAAAUAAGAAAUUAAGUACUGUUAAUAAUAAUCAAUCUGACCAUGCAUCAAAGACAGUUCAAAAUCUGAAAACCCUUGAAAAGAUAUCCAAAGCCAUUUCGUAUGGUGAUGUAAAACUUGCUUGUUUCUACAUGAAUGUUGACUAUGAGGAGUAUACAGAUGCCAACAGUAAUAUCGGGAUCAGUAGCACUAAUGUAACAUUAUGCCAUCCGCUAUGCGAGUGUGAAAACUGUAAAACUAAGACUUCUCCACCAAAGUCUUUGUAUGAUGUAAAUUUUGCAGACUCGAACGGGUUUACUGCGCUCCAUCAUGCUGCCCGUUGUGGAUUAGACGAACUUUGCAGCAUAUUGAUCCUAAACAAUGCCAAUGUAAACUGUGCUAAUAAGAAAGCUCAGACGCCUUUACAUUUAGCAGCUUUAAGCAACAAGAUAAUAGUGAUCCGCACGCUCCUCAAUAAUGGCGCAAACGUGGACGCAGCUGACUGGACUGGCAACACGCCGUUGCACGACGCUAGUCAACAGGGGAACAUCGGUGCUGUCAAAGUAUUGAUCGGCUUUAACCCUGAUAUAUCUAUAUGCAACAGUUCUGAGAAAACUGCCCUGGACAUUGCCAAAGAGAAAGUCUACCUUACUAUUAUUGAUUUGAUCGAAAAGUAUGCUAAAACUUAAAGACUUGAAUAAUUCAACGUACCUAAUACGUAAAAGUACCUAAUUUACUAUAGACACUCCAUAAUUAAUAUAACAAAGCGCGUAUUCGAAUAAUACUUUUAUGUUGAAUUCAAUGACAUUUUUUGAGUGUGAAACGAAAUUAUCUAUUUAUAAUAUUUUUUGGCUAUAAUUACUUUUUAUUCUGUAUUUGCUUUAUACAUUUUUUUGGGUGCCAUACCAUUGGCAGUUUUUAGCCAUUUUCUUUUAAUUUAAGACUGAUUUUAUUUACUACUUAAUAAGUUUUAAAAACAUAUUUAUCUUUACUUUACAAAUGACGAAUUUUUCUACUUGAUGACUGACAAUUAACUAUGUCAUAGUUCUAAGGAUAGGUACCUAGGUGUAAUUUAUAUGAUGAAUAAGACAAGUAAGCUUUUAAUAAAAUCUUGUUAGAUAUUAUUUAAUUUUAAAACUUUCAUGUUAUAAACAUACAAACAUUGAGCUUAUUUAUACACUUUCACAGUCAGGUAUUCUUAAUAUGAGUUUAGACCAGCAAGUUAUUGCUGCAAGUUUUGAGACGCAACUAUAGGUAAGAGUGAGUGGCAAAUAUCUAUGUACAUCUCUUUCUUGCAUAUACUUCUGCCUCAAAACUUGCUGCAAUAACUUGCACGUCUAAACUCAGCUUUACGUUCAUGCUCUGGCAUUUGUAAAACAAAUUAGUUUAACAAAAAUCUCAUGAAUUAUUGAACUGAAUGUUGAAAAGGUAUAUAAAAAAGAAAUUACUAAUUUACCUAGGCCUAACAUAAUUGUGUGGCUCAUGUAAAUAAGUUGAAGUCUAAGGGCCGUCAUAGACAUACUUCUUUAUAGAAUUCAUAACUGCAUAUCGUCACUACUUUUAAAAAAUCUCGUAUCUCACGCUGCUUCUCAAAGUUAAAACGCAGUAAGUCUAUGCAUUAUAUACAUACUACAAUUUUCUUUUCAUUGACAGACGAAGAUACAAGUUUUUUUAAAGUAGUGACGAUAUUUGUGCACAAAGGUGAACUCUGUUUUUUUUUAAUAAAUUUUGCUUUAACUUCCAAGACUUUAAUAUAUACUUAACAUUAUUAUUUUUUAUGUUUCAACUUAUUGCCAUCAUCCACAGAAACAAAUACUGCCUAUGUUUUAAAGAAUAAGUUUAACAUUAUUUGUUAUUAUACCUACUACAGGAACAUUAUUCACUAUGUUAAACUAAAUAAAAAUAUUUUUUAAUAUUUAAAUCGAGCCUUACUGAUUUGCACAUCUACCUGUAUAUUCGUAUAUAGCACCAUGGCCAAUAAUCCAAUAUGUACAUACUUGCUGAAAGUAAAAAAACUUGUACAUCCUUAUUUAGUAUUUAAGAUAGGUAGGAUAUCACCUACUGACAUCCCAUAAUUAUUUGGCAACCAAAUAUUGCCUCAUCCUGAACAGACUCAGGGCUAUCAAAUAUUAGGAAUUGGAAUAAUACAUUUUAUCGGACAUGUAAAUCGAUUUCGUUUUAAAGGAUAAUCAAAAUAAAUACAUUUAAAAAACCAACAUUGACUCGCUAUUUAAAAACAAUAUGUUCAACAUAUUUUCACAUUUCAUUGACACAUAUAAUGACUUUCACAUAACUUAUAACUAAACAAAUUAAAAAUAUUUAAUAAUAUCAGGAAUGUUUGUCAAAAGACAGUAAAAUGUGUAGAUAAUUUCAUUAAAUUGACAAUGAUAGUAACAAAAAAUCACGACUGGCCGUUUAAUGAAAGUCUACAAAUUAUAACAAAAGUCAAAAUCCAAUAAAUUUGAAAACAGGAUAUAUGAAUGGUACACUCAGAUAAAUAUUUUAACACCAUAUACAUAUUUCGUACAGCUUGGCAAAAACGAGUAUAACAUAAAAAGUGGAAACAUCAUAUGUUGAUCUGAAAAGAACAAAACAACACUACAUCAAGGUUGUCAUUUUUCAAUUUCUUUUUUUUAGCCGCGAUGUAUAUUUUUAUACGAUGUUGACUGUAUGUAUAGUAUAUUAUGACAAGUAUGUAUGUAUAUUUCAUAAAACGGGCGUCGUUCUGUACAAUAUUAACUAUAUUUAAAAUUGUACAAUUUCAGUGAUCUGCCUAUUUCCAUAAAAUUCAUGGUUCAUGUCACUUUUACUUCUGCUCAAAAGGUAAAAAUGAUUGCCUAUACUCGUAAUCAAGUGUUGAAUCCUGAGAAUAAUAACUUAUGUUUAAUAUCUACUUGUAAUAUUUUUAGAUAUUAUCUAGUUAGUAGUACAUACUAGUAUGGACUAAUAUUGUUGCCUUAAUCAGAUUCUUGUACGCGGACAGCUUCAGACAAA